UUUUUUUUUUUUUUUUUUUUUUGGCGUAUCCUGGGUUGCUUCGCGUAGUUGCUGGCCCCUGAAAUGCGGUGACGUGCCUGCCGUCUAGCACGUUGACGACACAGGCUGCAUUACCGCGUGCCUCAGAGCCCGGUUCUUGGGGGAGAAGCAGCCGGAAUUCGGGGUGUGGGAGCUGUGAGCUGCCAGAAUAAGACCAGUUAAAGAGAUUAUUGGGAGUGUGUGAGGUUUAUGUUUGAGACGAAGCAGAUCAGAUCGGUACUGGACGGGAACAGAAUUAUUUUCAUGGGGUCAGAGGAAGUGUCGGGUUGGUGGUCAGUUCCAUGUCGAGUCCGUCCGUCCACGUCUGCUUCCAUGUUCGGGCACCCUCAGUUAAAGAGAGAAGACAGCUUACCCUUACCUUUGGCUUUCGCGGCAGCCCUCAGCCCUUGUACCGCGUCUCGCAAAGACGUAAGCAGAGGUACCUUUGUCCCCGUUCCUCAUGGGCCAGAAUGGGCCCCAACACUCGUCUACAGUUGCCCAGUAUCAGCAAGUCCACACACCCAAGGAUGGGGCGUUUUUGGCUUUUGCCUUUGGGGACGCAGCGGGCGGCAUAGCGGGGGCAAGGUUGGCAACACACUAGUAACAGAAGGCGAAGAAGGCCCCGGCGUACGGCUUGCGGGCGCAAGCGCGGUUGCAUGAGCCUUCAGUCUCAUUCUUGCGUGCCCUCGCCCCGUCUGCGUCUUUCAGUUGGAGAAGGGGGGGAACGAGGUCUGCGGGACGGCUGCUUGUAUCUGUACCUGUACGAAGCACCCGAACCCUGUCCCCUACUCGUAAGCCUGCCGCUGCCGUGGCCGUCGU